AUGGCUACAACACACAAUGAUGAUGUCGGUGAAAUUCUUUUUCAACAAAACUCGUGCAAUAUUAUUUUGAAGCAAGGAAAUCUAUUAGAUGAAAACAAUGUUGAUGUAAUUGUUAUUCCAACACCAAAUGCAAGUGAACCAAAACCUGAUAAUUUUCAAAUCUUUAAAGCUAUACUUGAGAGAACAAACGAACAGUGUCGAAGAAAAAUUGAUCGAUUACGUAUGGAUUUAACACCAGACAAACCUCAGGUAGUUUUAGAAACUGAACCUCGAUAUAUCUUUGCAAUGCCACCAUAUCUGGGCAAUCCUACAAAGGCAUACCAAUACUUACGAAACACUUAUACUUCAUGUCUUAAUUUAGCAGCUGAGCAGUAUUUUAGAACAAUUGCUUUCCCAACAAUUGGUUGCGGUGUUAUUGGAUUUGAAGCAAUAGCAGCAGCCCGAAGUGUUUAUCAAGCAUUAGAUAACUUUGGACAAUCCAAAAAUAAAACAAAAUUAAACGAAAUUCGCAUAGUCAUUUAUGAUAAAGAUGUAUGGCACGAUUUUACUACUACUUUUAUAGAACUGAGCCAGCAGAAAAACGCAAAAAUCAAAUUAAUAGAUAUAUCAACCCGUAAUUCACAUGUAUCUGAAAUGCCAUCAAGAAACAAUGCAAACCAAACAUCACACAACAACGAAACAAAUAAUUUUGAUGAUGAAUCAAAUAAUAAUCAACAUGAUCCUGCGAGAACAUCAACUUCAAAUCUUAAUCCAGAGAGUCCAGCAUAUCAGCCAACAAAUAAAAAUCAACGUCGUAUUCCUCGUCAUUAUCGUAUCAAUGAAAAUCGUACAGAAUUAAUUAUUUUUCAAGGAGAUAUUUUAACAACAAAAGUUGAUGCUAUUGUUAACGCUGCGAAUGAACCGAUGUUAGGUGGUGGUGGAGUUGAUGGUGUAAUUCACACAGCUGCUGGAGAUGAACUUCGUAAAGCAUGUAAAGCUCAUAAAGAAAUCUAUCGUGAUGUUCGUUUACCAACUGGUCAUUCACGCAUUUUACUUAGCUAUGGAUUGUCGAAGACUACUCAUUAUAUUAUAAAUACAGCUGGUCCUUGCUAUGAUGAUACUAUACCAGAAAAAUGCAAAGAAGAUUUGAGAUCUUGCUACAAAACAUCACUUGCUUUAGCUAAUUUAUACGAUCUUGAAACAAUUGCUUAUACUGCUAUUAGUUGCGGUAUAUUCGGCUAUCCAAUAGAUGAAGGUGCUGACGUUGCAUUAUCAACAGUUGAUCGUAAAGCUGGCUCAAUGAGUCGAAUCUAUUUUGUCUUAAGAAACGAUGAUACUUAUGAUGCUUGGAUAAAAAAAGCAGACGAAUUGGGAUUCAUUUCACAGGAUGAUCCUGAUACAGUAACAGCAAGUACAUCAACACAGUCAAUUGAUAAUACAAAAGAUGCAACUCAAAAAUCAAAUCGAAAAGAUGAACGUAUAGUAACUGAGCAAUCCGAUGACAGGAGAAUCAUUGAUGCUUCAACACCGAACAAUAAAGACAAAAUACAUAAAACUUCUGAUGCAAAAUCACCUAACAGACAAUCAUCUUAUUCACCGAAGCAAUUUCACAAUCAGACAGCUACGAAAAAUAAAGACAAUAAUAGCACAUCGAGACAAGGUGAUACAAGUGCAAAAGAGAAAAAUCUUACACCAACAAAUAAUAAUCACGAAACCAGAGUAAAAUCAAAUAAUUCUCAAAAACAUGAUCAACCACAACAACCUGCGGCAUCGCCAAAGAACACGAACAAAUCAAUAGUAAACGGCGCUUGGGGUCGUGGUAAACGAAAAUAG